CACUCACCAAGUAACUAAUAAUCCAAUUAGCCACCAUACACCCACAAGUAAUGAUGGCAAGCCCCCCUUCAAUUUCAAUCCCUUUUCUAUCCUUGUUGCUUAUUAUCGCAGUCUGCAUUGUCCCACGGAUGACUGCUUUUGACCCACUGUUUCGCUAUGACAAUGCAACCCUGGAAUUAGCAUCCCAAGACUAUGGACUCAUAGUUCGUGACAGGCCGGAUUCCGUGUUUGAACCUAAAUAUGUGCGUGACAUCCAGUUUCUGAUUCGGCAAAAAUAUAACCGCCAUGACAAGAACCUUUCCCUAAGGGCGCACGCCCAUUCUACGAGGGGACAGUGCCAAGUCCUGGGCGGCAUAGUGAUCAAUAUGACUUCCAUUAAAAAUACAAGUAGGAUAAACAUUGGUCAUAAUAAUAUAGGUUACUAUGCAGAUGUCGGGGGCGAGCUGCUGUGGUUAGACAUUCUCAAGGCCACACUUAAGCGUAAUCUUGCGCCUGUUUCGUGGACGGAUUAUCUUCACGCCAGCGUGGGCGGAACACUCUCUAAUGGGGGUAUAAGCGGACAAUCGUUUAAGCACGGUCCCCAAAUCUCCAAUGUUUAUUCUCUAAAUGCAAUUACGGGUAAAGGAGAAAUGAAAACUUGCACACCAACCUCCAACUCUGACCUAUUUAAUGCCGUUCUCGGUGGCCUUGGACAGUUUGCCGUCAUUACACAGGCACGAAUCAGACUCGACAAAGCACCAACAGGGGCAACAGUAACGAGAUUGAUGUAUAGUGACUUUCAACGUUUCUCAGAUGACCAAGAGUUUCUUAUUUCAAGCGAUCUUCCAAACUACGUCGAAGGUUUCGUUAUCGUAAAUAACAUUAUACCCAGCGGUUGGAUAACUUCCAAUUCUUCAGUCACUCUAAGAGAUAUUGAUGCCCUGUUGAAGAACUAUACUGUCCUAUAUGCCAUUGAAUUUGCCAUGUAUUAUGACAAUCAAACUUCCGACACUGUUCAUCAGAAAUUCCAAAUGUUGGUUGGCAAGUUGACGUUCAUCCCUAACUUCAGCUUCACUGUGGAGAUGUCCUACUUCGAUUUCCUUUACAGAGUCGGAGACUUGGACACUAUUCAACAGCAAUACCCGCAAGCUCAUCCAUGGCUAGUUCUAUUUAUCCCGGGAUCCCAAAAGAAUGAUUUCAAUAAAUAUGUAUUGGCCGGCUUGCUUCCGCAACUUGGCCAAGCACCUACCAUCCCCCUUUUCUACCCACUAAACGCAACAAAAUGGAGUAAUAAAACCUCUGCAGUGAUACCAGAUGAGGAGAUAUUUUAUACUUUGGGACUUCUACAUAGGAGUGCAGUCUCUCAUUACAAGAAAUUUGAUCGUUUCAACCAAAAGCUUUUGAGUAUAUGCAGAAAAAAUGGUAUCAUCUGCAAGAAGUACCUUCCGUACUAUGACAACCAGGGGCAUGUCGGGAUUCCCUCGCAAAAAGACCUGCGAGGUCAUUUGAUGAAUAACUGGCUCGAUGUUCAAAAUACAUUAACAUGGAGGAAGCAUGGGCCUAAUGACAAGGCCAAGGCUAAGAAAUGUGAGGAGAAACCUCGGUCAGAUAAUAAAAGGUUGUCAAAUGGGGACUCAAGAGCAGAGGAUCGCUGCAAGGUUAGGUACAAGUAUGGACAAUAUACACCCUUGGAAAAGCUCCAAGGGAGGUUUUUGAGGUUCUUGAAAAAUGAGGGAAUGCUUGCAUCCUUUCACGAUGAACUCCUAUCCCAAUAG